AUGGCGCACAAAGUGCAACGUAUACCGGACGAGGUAGAGCUUGAGACGAUAGCUCUAGCUGAACUUUCAAGAUUGAAAAGGCAGUAUAGGAUAAUGGAAAAUGAUCGAGACGCUUGUUCAAAGGAUGCGAGAUUACAACUGCACAAUCAAAGGAACAUGAUUGAUCGUUUGGAGUACGAAAAAGCGGAGCUUGUUAUUCGUAUUAAAACUGCAACCUCGAAGACGUUUGCUCGUAAAGAUAAAGAAAUGGAGGAAAAACUAAAGUGUACUUUAACGAUGCAAACGAAAUAUGACGAAAUGAUAAGGACAGAGAAACAGGAAAUAGCAGAGCUCGAUAAUGAAAUUUGCAAGUUAUCAAAAGAAAUUGCCACUCUGAAGACGAAAAUCACGAGCGACAUCCAACUGAGGGAUAUAGCUUUACGACAAGAUAAAAUGAUUCAUAUAUUGGAAAAUCGACUUGAAGUGGCAACGAAACGAUUUAAUAUUGCAGUCGCACAAAAUACGAAACUUCGAAACGAGAUCGAAGACAUGCUGAAGGAAAGGACGCAGUUCACAGCGCUUUGGAAUAAAUUAAUUAAUCAGUUAAACACUGGAAAGCAAAUUAUCAAUGAUUUAAUAGAGCAAGCUACCAUCGCGUUCAAUCAACGAGAUGAAGAAUUGAACAAGAUUCAAGCUCUUCGUGAAAGGGGAUUAAGAGACCUAAAAACACACGUCUCAGAAAUGUGCGAAUUACAAAGGACGAUGGAUAAUGAAAUGAAGUUGCAAGAAUUCCUUGGCGUGAAAGGACAAUAUCGUGAAAUGGCUGAUCUGAAUGCAAAACAGAGUCUCCAAUCAAGAAUGGAUCAGUUGACAAGGGCUAUACAAGAUGCACAUAUUAUGAAUGAACUUACUAAUCGAGAACAAGCAGAAACAUUAGAGAAACUCAAAAGAGAGCUUGAAGAUCAAACCGCUCUGGCUGACGCAGCUGAAGAAAAUCUGAUACAGUGUGAUGACGUAAUAGAGAAAUUAUUAAAAGGAAUAGAUUCUCUCUUUAAAGCGAUUCGUUGUGACAAUUCUCCGAUUUUACAACUAUUAGGUGAUCAUGAACAGAUAACAACGAGCAAUGUUAUGUUAUAUUUAGGAAUCAUUGAAAAACGUAUUACGCAAAUGUUCCACAAAGUAUAUUGGUUAGACAAAGCUACCAGAACGCAACAACUACGACUGGAUGAAGAAAGAAAACCCAGAUUAAAAGUACCCCAAGUUGAACAAAUCGCCUCUACCCAACCUUGUGCCUUACAACCAUUGAAUCAAUACAGAUGUGUUGAAAAAGAAAAAUUACAAAUCGUAUCCGAAGGUUUGGAACAGCCAUUGACGCGCGAUGAAGCUACUAAAAAGUUGAAGCAAAGACUCGAAGAAGAUUACUCGGAACUCCUACAUAAUAUAUCUGGUUGCCAUUUACCAGCAGCUAGAAAAAUCAUACAAAAACGAUAUCAAUAA